GACGGGGCCUUGGAACCGUGAUCCGGAUUUCGUUAUUUUUCCAGGACCGCUUUAACUCAGGCUUAGGCCAAUUAAUAGAAGAAGGGAUCGCGGAUUCGGCGACCCCUGGUUUUCUAUUUGCGUCCCGCUGGCUAGGGUCCAGCCGGAGGAGAAGGCGGCGGAGGGGCCUCAGUGCGAUCCGGGAGUGUCGAGCAUGCCGUCCGGAGCCGGCCCCUCCGCAGGGCGAUCCCAUGGGUUCUGGAGGGAGUAAACACAAGCCCCAGGGGAGCAGGGCGCACCCUCAGCAUCCCGAAAAGCCCUCUCCCCCUGGAAAGCCGUAUCUGAUACCAGGAACGCCGUCGGACCCGGAUGUUGUAACUAUAAGAUGGGAACAGCCAAUUUUCAACGGAGGAUCAAAAAUAACAGGUUACCUCGUAGAACACAAGCGAACAGGGUCGCCUCACUGGGUAAAAGCCACACCUUUGAUGGUGCGGCACACUCAGUUGAGCCUGAGCGGCCUUGAGCCGGGGAUGAGGUACCAAUUCCGGGUCUGGGCAGAAAACGCUUUCGGCCGAUCGGACCACAGUGAGCUCUCCGAACCACUUGCCAUAUCUUACGGAAGGUCUGGAGUGUCCAUCGCACCGGUGUUUUCUCGGAGUUUGAAUGACAUUGUAGCAAUUGAAAAUGAAAUGGUGGAAUUCCUUGUAAGGGUCGAAGGGACACCGCUUCCUAAGAUAUCGUGGUAUAAAGAUGGUUUUGAAGUUUUCAGCAACAGAAGACAGAAAGUUUCGACAGACUGUGACAUUAGUAGUUUUAUCAUCCAUCAAGCUGCUCUAAGCGAUGAGGGAGAGAUAAAAUGUUCAGCUACUAACAAAGCAGGACAUGCAGUUACCAAAGCUAGGCUCACACUCGAAGCACCCCCAUCAAUCCGGCUUCCUCGACAAUACGAAGAUGGACUGCUUUUUGAGUUGGGGGAGAUGAUGCGGCUCAAGGUGCUCGUCACUGGAAGGCCGCUCCCAUCUGUCACAUGGUUGCACAAUGGUGAAGAAGUCAAAACCAGCUCGAGGCUAGAUCUUGCGACUACCGAUCGAUAUGCUAUGCUGAGAGUCACUGAAGCAACAAGAGAAGACAGAGGGGAAUAUCAAGUCAAAGCUAAAAACAAAAUUGGAGAUGACAUCGCUUCUUUUCUAGUCACAAUAACAGACCGACCACUACCUCCUGGGAAAGUCAAUGUUGUCAUGACUCUCGGUCGUUGUGUGACCCUGGCUUGGACUGCCCCUCAUGAUGACGGAGGAUGUAAAAUCGGAAACUACAUCGUUGAAUACUACAGAAUUGGCUGGAAUAUGUGGUUGAAAGCUGCGACUUGCCGACAAUUGACAACGACAAUAGGUGAUCUAAUUGAAGGAUCUGAAUAUAAAUUUCGAGUCAAAGCAGAGAAUCCUUACGGAAUCAGCGAUCCGAGCCCUGAUUCCGAUACAGUCUUUAUCCCCGACCCUAAAAGAGGAUUGUUGGAGCCGCCGCCUAAGGGUACUAAGGCCCAUGUUGAUGAUAUGCCUGACCAAUGGCUUAAAACAAGAAAAUCUCAGAUUGAGAAAAAUCCUCAAGUGACAAUGCCACGGAAAAUUCAAGACUUUGAAUGGGAUGAAGAUGAAAGUCUUCUUCCUUCCCCAGUUAUAUUAGCCAACCAGGUUUUGAGGAAAGUUAAAAUGGCACCGAAGAGAACCUGGAGUGAGGAUAGUCAAGGGUCGCCACCGAGGGAGCCAUCACCUAAACCAGCACCAAUACCGCCAAAGAGGAAACACAGGCCAACAAACCAGCCCGAAGCGCCCAAGAGGAUCCACAAGAUCUCAGAGGAAUCCCAGCCUGAAUGGAAUAGAAGUUUCAGCCCGGGAGAUGAUCUACACAGCAGUUCUGAGAUGAUGCUGGUUCUCGUCGGGAAUAGCAGAGCAGAAACAGAAGAAAGAGAUUUAGAGCCAAGGUUGACUGCUCAAGAGCUGAAAGAUGGGACAUACGUUGCACCCCCUAUGUCACUGUCAGCACCUGUAAUAGGAGUUUGUGAUCCUAUUUCUUCCCACAGCUUGAGACCCUGGGGCAGUUCUUCAGAUUUGAUGUAUGAAUUGACUCUGGCACGUUUUAACAAAGAAGUUGACGAGGAAGAGAUUGAAUCAAAGGUCAAAAGACGAUACGGCGUUGAGAGAAAGCGCAGCUUUGAGCAGAAGAGACACUCAAAAACAAGAGAGGAAAUUCUGUCUGAGUUAAAGGAGAAAACGACCUCAUUGGAAAAUAUACAAGAACAAGAAAACAUGGCGGAAAUAAGAGAUGCCUCUCCUCUUCGUAAAAUAUCCAACGCUAGCGAUAUUGAUGACGAAAGAGGAAAGAGAAAUUACGAUCAGUUUUCAGAAAGAUUUAUGAUGCUUGAAAAAAGCUUUCAAGAUUACACUUCCAAAUAUGAAAUUGAAGAAGGACCUAUCUCAGAUUUGGAUAGCAUGGGAAGAUCAUUUGAUUACACAGAAGAUGAGGUUGAAGAAGAACCUUACCAUCCGAGGCUUGGAAAAGGAACUUUUACACCUAUUACAAUUGAUAUGCCCAAAAGUGAAGAAGUAAGAUCAAAAUUUCAAGGUAACCUUUCACCAAUUGUAAUUCCAAACGAUAAAAAAUCACCCUCUCCUGGACCAGUUCCAGCAAUAACUUUAAACGACCAUCCACAAAAUGUAAAUGAUGAAGUCAAAACAGAGAAACAAGAAAUUAUAAGUGCUAUGGGAUCACCUUCUCCUAAAAAGAAGAUAGAAACAAAUGAAAUACAAAGGUCGCCUUCACCAAAGGUUGUUAAGGAUCGCUCUCGAGAAAGGAAAGAAAGAUCACCAUCACCUAAACAAAGAUAUUCCAUGCCUUAUAAAUUAGAAGAUGAGUCAAGAGAGAGAUCGCUUUCACCUAAACAUAGAUACACAAUGCCUCCUGAGAAUGAACUAGAACAAAGGCACAUUAGAGAUGUGCGCAGCAGAACACCUUCACCUCAACAAAUCAAUCCUCCAAAAAUUUUAAUUGCAAUGCCACAACCCACUACGCCAAACACUUUAACAGAGCCAGUCGUUCUGAGAAAGAGGUCACCAUCUCCUAAAGCACCAGUUGAAACAACCCAGCACCCGCUUUCCAAACUGCCAAAACCAAUAUUGAAAGUAAGAGACCAGUCGCUUGACAGGUCUGAGCUCAGCGAUUCAGAACUUGGCCAUUCGAAAAAAGUUAGGAUAGAAGUACCACAAGACAAACAGAACAUAGACAGAUUUGCUACAGAAGAGAACGACAUCGGUCUUCAUGCUGGCGAGGUUGCUAGAAAUAGACGUAGGCAAGUCAAAAGUCAGAACUUCGAGGAUCAGGAUGAUACGAAGGUGGUUGUAAGUCACUACAGUGAUAUUGUCAGGGAGUUUGGCCAUCCUAAAAAACCUGUGCCUAAAUUAUAUCUUAGUUACGAAGAACUGAAGGCAGCGGCAGAUAAAAUACAAGAAGAAAUGAGCACUCCGGCCAUUUUUGAUAAAAUGGAAAAACAAACUAUACAAGAACAAAAGAAACAAAAAGAAGAAGCAGAGAAAAAAGAAAAAGCAGAAGAGAAAGAAGUACCAAAUGAAAACGAAUUGAAUCUAGUUCAAGUGCCAAGAAAGAAGAAUUUAUUACUCUCUUAUAUGCUUGAUCUUUUUUUAUUUCUAAUAGCCUGCUGGUUAUACAUCUUCCAUGACCCGAAGCUGGUCAUUCCUCUAUUGUUAUUAAUGAUUUAUCGACAACUAAGCGAUUCCCUACAUGGGAAAUUAAGUUUUGGGUGGGGAAAAAAGAAAGAAUGAUUACUUAACUUUACUAAAAGUAUUGUGUCUUUUUUUAAUGUCCUUGUAAUAUAAUAUAUACAUAAAUGUAAAAUUCAUCUCAUUUGUGCCAAAUCUUAAUAAAAUUUACUUUUUACUUUCUAUUCGAUGAUAUUCUGCCUGUGAUAACACGUUUUGUACAUUCUAUUGUUUUCAAUAAAAUAACCUAACCACCACA